GAGUCGCCUCCCGUGGAAAGGGCACUUCCGUUCUCCCCUUCUCCCCCCCGCCCAGCUCUCCUUCUGGGUGCUCAAGGCGAGGAUGAACAAACCGCUCCAGCCCGAGCGCAGAGUGUCGGCGGUGGCCCCCGUGCAGGACGGCUCCGGCCAGCCGCCGCCGCCGCCCAAGAAGGACGUGGAGCUGCUGCUGGUGAAGGAGCAGAACGGGGUGCAAUACACCAGCAGCAGCCUCCUGCCGGCCGCCUCCAGCCUUCAGUACAGCGCCGAGGGGCAGCCGGAGCGGGAGACCUGGGGCAAGAAGAUCGAUUUCCUUCUCUCGGUCAUUGGAUUCGCUGUGGACCUGGCCAAUGUCUGGAGAUUUCCCUACCUCUGCUACAAAAAUGGAGGGGGUGCCUUUCUUAUCCCCUACAUCCUCUUCCUAAUCAUUGCUGGAAUGCCCUUGUUCUACAUGGAGUUAGCACUGGGACAGUACAACCGGGAAGGGGCUGCUACGGUGUGGAAAAUCUGUCCAGUUUUCAAAGGUGUAGGCUAUGCCGUGAUACUCAUAGCUCUUUACGUGGGUUUCUACUACAACGUUAUCAUAGCUUGGUCUCUGUAUUAUCUGUUUUCAUCAUUCACAUUUGAGCUUCCCUGGACAAACUGCGGCAACAGCUGGAAUAGCCUAAACUGUACAGAUCCCAAACUCUUCAACGCCUCGGUGCUUGGCAAUGGCACCAAGUACUCCAAGUACAAACUCACUCCUGCUGCUGAAUUUUAUGAACGAGGUGUACUGCAUCUGCAUGAAAGCAGUGGAAUCCAUGACCUUGGCUCGCCCCGAUGGCAGCUCUCUCUAUGCCUCUUGGUGGUAGUAAUAAUUCUUUUCUUUAGUCUGUGGAAAGGAGUGAAGACUUCAGGAAAGGUUGUGUGGAUAACAGCCACUUUGCCUUACGUUGUAUUAUUUGUAUUGUUAAUCCAUGGAAUCACAUUGCCUGGUGCAUACAAUGGAAUAAAUGCUUACCUUCACAUAGAUUUCAGAAGGUUAAAAGAAGCUACGGUAUGGAUUGACGCAGCCACUCAGAUAUUUUACUCUUUAGGAGCUGGGUUUGGAGUUUUAAUUGCAUUUGCUAGUUAUAAUAAGUUUGACAACAACUGUUAUAGGGAUGCUUUGCUGACUAGCACAAUCAACUGUGUCACAAGCUUCAUCUCAGGAUUUGCCAUUUUCUCCAUACUGGGCUACAUGGCUCAUGAGCACAAAGUAAAAAUUGAAGAUGUAGCCACUGAAGGAGCUGGAUUAGUUUUCAUCCUUUAUCCAGAAGCCAUUUCAACCCUUUCAGGAUCAACAUUUUGGGCAGUGGUGUUCUUCAUAAUGCUUCUCACACUGGGCAUUGACAGUUCUAUGGGUGGAAUGGAAGCUGUCAUCACUGGGUUAGCAGAUGAUUUCCAAAUACUGAAGCGGCACAGAAAGCUUUUCACAUUUGGCGUCUCCUUUGGCACUUUCCUGGUGGCUCUUUUUUGUAUCACCAAUGGAGGAAUUUACAUCCUCACACUACUGGACACAUUUGCAGCUGGAACUUCAAUCCUGUUUGCUGUUUUAAUGGAGGCAAUUGGAGUUUCCUGGUUUUAUGGUGUGGACAGAUUCAGUGAAGACAUCCAACAAAUGAUGGGCUUCAAACCGGGCCUCUACUGGCGACUGUGUUGGAAAUUUGUUAGCCCUGCUUUUUUAUUGUUGCCAUGAAUUCCAUUUUAAAAGCACACCCCUCUUGGACUGACUUCCUUCUUGGGAACAUGAAUGGAAGGGGGAGGGAAGGAAGAGAAAUCUAAAGUGUCAGGACCUGUCCUUCUGAAGAGAACUCCACUGGAGAUGAAGUAAAGGCAUAGACUACCCAGCUACCUGCAUUAUCUGACACAGAAUAUCAGCCCAUGGCUGUAUUGCAGGCAGAUCAUCCUCUUGUACAGUACAACUAAAGUUCCUGGUUGUUCAAGUCCUCAACUCCUUGGUCCUCUAGAGUCAGAAAUUCUACUGCAACAGGAUAUGGGCUCCUACCUGUUCCCACUUAUUUACAGGUUAAUGCAAGCAAGCAUGUAUACAUAAAUGAGUUUCAGUUUGUGAUUCAAAAAGUGACCAAGCUGUAGUAACCUGCCAAAUCACUUUUGACCAGUGUCUUUCAAGGCUACCCCACACCAAGCAUGGGGAUCUCAAUACUUAUAUUUAAGAAUCCUUGUCCCUCAGAAUCCAGACAGCAUAAAAGAGAUUCAGGCUGUGUGUAAACUACAAAUUACUGUGGUAUACUUUGUCACUCAGGGGUGUGAAUAAUCCACACCCCUGAGCGACAUAAGUUAUACCAACCUAAGCGCCGGCAUAGACAGCACUAUGUCAGCAGGAGAGCUACCACCUCUCAUGGAGGCAGGAGUUACUAAGCCGUGGGAAAGCUCUUCACCGAUCGGCCUAGAGCGUCUUCACCGGAAGUGCUAGACCUGCGCAGCUGCAUUGAUGCAGCUGUGCUGCUGCCAAUGAUGUGGUGUAGACAUAGCCUCAGUUUCCCCUUGUCAGGGGUUUUUAUCCCCUCUACUCCAGAGUCCAAAACUGGUGGGUUGAGUUCAUGCGUAGGUCUCUCCUUCCUGGAGGGAGUUAGGAAUGCAGUCAACACAGCCUCUGUCCUUUGAUGCUACACAAUGCCUCAUUUGCCUUCAGUGGGCCAUCUGAUUGUAUUCAGGAUGAGCACUUUCCCUUAAUUAAAGCUUCUUUUCCUGUUCGGUGAGUUACACAAUUACAGAGGUUUACAAUGCAAACACUCAAUAUAACUUUAUACCACGGGCUAUAGAGGUUAUAAGUGAGAUCAGUAAUGCAGCGUCCUACAAGCAUUAUAUAAAGUCUAAACACUAAACACAUUCUUAUCAACUUAACAUCUAAUAUCUAUUCUGAUGAUGCUAACACACAGGUAAGCAAGGCUGGUUUCCAACUAUGCAUUUGUUAGUGUUCAGUAAGGUCUGGGGCCUUGGCAUGUGUUGCACUUGGUCUGCUUUCAUCACACCAUGGUACAUUUCCUCCUCCUUUUGACCAGUUGUGCCUCUGGAAGCAUGUUUGAUAUGAGGGUAAGAGUAUCCAUGGGGGCUUUUUCCCCUUCCUGUCUCCUCUCUGUAAGCCCAAGAUGGUAGUUGUCCUAGUACUUUUGUACAAAAUUUUGAAUAUGUAAAAUGACAGCUUCAAAUUUGUAAGUGUUAAAUGCAAACCGAUCUGUAUUAUGUUUUGGGCAUUUGCAGUUUCAGGGAAGUUCAAUUCUGAGGACCUAAAAACUACACAAAAUGACUAGUGAAAACCAGAGAGAGAAACUUCAUAGAAGAAAUGUCACCAGUUUUGUCCAAUUUUGAUAAAACCAUUAGCUGAGAUAAUACUUUGUACAUAUUAUGCAUCACUUUCCAUUCAAAGAUCUCAAUGUUCUUUACACAUAACUAUAUAAGGCUCCCACAACACCCUUGACACAAGUACAUAUUAUCUUUGUUAUCCGGAUAGAGACAAGGAGGCAGAGAGUGUUUAUAUCACAUCCCCUGGAUCUCAGAGAAUGUCUGUGAUAAAACCGGGAAGAGAACCAAAAUCUCCUGACUCCCAUUCCCUGUUUUUUAACCACAAUAUCUUUCAUUUAAAGGUGAAAUUGCUACUCUUAAUCAGUCUGAUUGAAACUAACGUUACCAAAGAGGUCAGAGAUGUUACCAAAACAAAACCAAAAAAAGCUAACGCUAACUAUACUCAGUUACUGGAUAUUAAAGAAAAUCCUGCAUGUACUGUCUGGAAGGAAUUAUAUGAUUAUAGAUGGAAACUGAAUCCAAUCUACUUUGUGUAUUCUGGAUCCUCUGCCCAUCACUGGCUGUGGUUCUGUGCUUCCACUUCAAGGAUAAAUAUGUCUCAUUAUGACUUCACUGAUGCCCAGCAGAUGUCAAACAUAUUGGUUUAAAAAAUAACCAAAAGAACAACCUUUUCCUCCCCAAAAAGAAAUCUAUAGGGUAAUCAGGUACAUGAUUCCAGAUGUUGCCAGUUAUACAGAAUUGCAGAUUGCCCUCCAUAAGGAACCAAACAUAGGAAUUGCCAUACCGGAUCAAACCAGGGUCCAUCUAGCAUCUAGUCCAAUAUUCUCUUUCUAACCACAGUCAAUAUCAGAUGCUUCAAUGGAAGAUGUAAAAUCCCUGAAAUACAAUUUUGCAAUAACUUGUCCAAGGGGAGAAAUGUUUUUCUCAUAGCUAUUGGGGCUUCGGUGUUUAUCUUUUGAUGAGUAACACCCCUGACUAUAACUGAGUUUAGCUUUUGAUAGGCAAAUGCUUGGUGCAAAAUGUGAAACAUAACUGGUAAAAGCAGUAUCCAAUAUGUUUCCUAUUGAUACUUCAUUGAUGAAGUUCAAAAGUAUAAUACACACAGUGCAAAGGGAAACUAUUUAAUGAUUAUACCACUGAAACUAUCAUGUUUGUAACAUUCAGAGCAAAAUGUACAAAUGCUGUCUUCCAAUCGACUUAAUCUCAACACAAAUAACAUGCUGCCAAUUCAGGGCCAGCCCCAAAAUGUAAAAUAAAUAACUCAAUAUGGAGUGGUGAUGUUUAUACCUAAUGUUUUAGGCAAAUCAAAAUAUUUGGGGGAAGGAAGGGGUUAUUCAGUUCUAAAUUUCACUCAGCCAUCAUUAAACAAAUGUGUGUCAACUAAGCACAUAACUUCUUGAGGCGUUACCAUUUAUGUAUGUGCUUUGUUUUUGAAUAGUAAAAUCACAACAAUAUGCACAAGACUGUGACUACAUAUAAAAUUUUUACAACUAUUUGUUAUAUAUGUACUAUAGAACAUAAUUCAGUUAUUAGUGUAUUUUUUAUUUGGAGGGUAUGAAGAUCACAAAUGUGGACUAAUGUAUUAGAAUAUGGAGGGUGCAAUUACUCCAAAUGGUUAGCUGUGUGACAUAGAGAGGAAAGAGACACAUUAAAUAUAGCUUGUAAGCCUUCUGACGUGUAUUAAGGAAAAUAAACAGAUGUUUCAUUACAUUUGAGGAUUUUUUCUCCCUGAAAUGUGAAGGUAGCAUUUGGUAGUUUUAUGUAAAGGUUAGAGUCAAAACUAAAGACUGCAGUUUUAUAUUGGGUAUUUAUACAUUCACUCCAGUUUAUUUGUAGAUCAAAAGGUCAUGGUGAAUAUAUGGAGAUUUUGACAUCACUGUGACCUAGGAUAUUUUCCGUUGCAUUAAAGUUUAUGCUUUCAAUUUCAAAUUUAAAGCAGUAGUGAUCUGCCAUAUAGCUACAUCAAAUCUGGAUCCGAUAUUGUCUCAAAGUUCAAAAUUAGCUAUCAAACUGUUAAUGACACAAGACAUUCUUAUCAAGACAUAUUUAUGAUGGGAUACACAGAUACAUUUUUAAAAAGGAAAACAUUUUAAUAGCAUACCUAGCAUCUGGUAGCAUCCAAUCAGUAAUGAGCCAAUGAAGCAUACACUGAAGUCAGUCAGUUGUACUUUAUAUUAAUGUUCCAUUUGUAGGUGUUCUAUAGAAGGUUAAUAAAUUAUCAAAAGAUGUUAUAAAUAUGUUACAGACAUGAAGACUGUAUGUUGAAGAUAAUUAUAACCACAUCAGUAGAAGGUAUAUAGAGAUAGUUAUAAAUCAUUAUUAUAUAAACAACCUGUUGACCUGUUAAACUCUAACGAUUGAUUAACCAUUUAAUAAACCCUUUAGCAGCCCUCUAAAUGCUAGUUAUAAAUAUAAACUUAGUAUCAGUUGUGACCCUCAGGGAUAGAUCCUGCAACCAAAUCCACACAAAUGUUUGGAUUCAGAUCCCAAUCUACAAUAGUUUGAAUGAAAAUGCUGGAUCUAGCUUUCUUGUGUACCACACUCCCUCCAACCCAACUUUUGAGAAUGGAAAGCCAAGUUCUGGAUUCAAUUUUACAGCAUGAACCUAGCUCUAGGGAAGUAAAUGAAAGAUGUUCUUAUGGUGUUUUCCUGGCUACCAGGCUUCAUGUCAAUUUGGGUAUUUGGGAUAUAACCUUGGCUCUAUUUUCAAUCACACAAUUGCUCACAGAUGUCUGUGUGUAGGAUGUGGGAUGCAUCAUAAUGGACACUGUCUUUCCAAAUAAGCUCAUUCUGAUAUAAAUAUGUUACCAAUUGUUCUCUCAAUUACUUGGUGAUGAACUGCAUGGUCAGGGUUAGAUAACUACCCACUCAGUGGAGGCAGGAGAUAAUUGGAAAGCGAAUUAAAAAAGAAUUGCUAAUCUCUCUGAAGUAUAUGCUUUAAUAUCUACUGUAAAAAUGAAAAUAGGCACCUUUCUGGAUCAGUGGAUGCUGCAUCCUCUAGCCAUGCAUACAGUCCUAGAAGACUUCCAGAAUUAAGGUCCAAUAUUGUCAAUCAUUGACUGAGUGUAACUACUAUAGAUAGAUACUUUCUAAUACCUGUGGGGAGAGUACACCAUUUUAGAGAACAUUGAGUAGCUUGAUUCUAAUAGUCUGGUUUUUUUCAGGUGUCUUAAAAGGUUAUAUG